AUGUCUUCUCAGAGUAUCCCCAGCACCACCAUGUACACCACCACGCAAAUCACCGCGCCCAUGAACGCUGCGAACGCAGUCUACACCGAACAACCCAAGGGGGCCGUCAGUCAAACUCCAAUUUCAGACUACAAUAACAUCAACAAUACCGACAUCCUCUCAAUUCAUCGCUCCCGCCUCCACGGACCAAACACAUCUGGUGCCACACAGGCGGCAAACGCGGAUAUCUGGUACUGCUGCCGUUGUGGACAUCUAGUCAACAACGCCUUGGCGCCAGAGUGCUGCCCUAUCUGUCAUCACUAUCGCUGCGGUACUUGCGCUGUUUAA